AUGCGAGCAAUAGCGUGGUUUCUCAGAACAACUCAAUCAUCCUUAGGGAACGGUCGAGAUACAAUGCGAAAAGACGUCUGCAACUCAUUGAAACAAGCAGCUGACCUUGGAGCUCGUGGAGUGGUCCUAUGGAGCAGUAGCAAAAACAUGAAACAACGUUGUGAAGGCUUAGCUGCAUACGUCCGCGAUAUGCUAGGACCAACCGUGGCGCUUAUUCGUAAGCGCACGCAACGUUGUCGCGAGAAGCGGUGCUCGGGGCAUGGUCAAUGUGUGCUUCCUUCACCGGCAUCCAGGUGCACAUUCCGGAUGCAGCCGGAGAGUUAUAUUUGUCGAUGUGAUACACUGUACACGGGCGGCACCUGUAAUGUAAUCGGUGAUACCGCAACAAAUGACAGUAGUUCAUCAGGUGGCGUUCAUGAGGGUGUGGUGACUGUGGCACCCAUCAAACUUGACGAUACCAGGCAGUUGGAGUUAAAGGAACAGGACUCCGUGAAUGUCACAGACACGUCUAUCUUGGUGGCCGCGGCUGCCCCAGAGACGGUGACUACGUCGGAUACAUUUCUACACUUCACUCCCCCACCACUAGACUUCCGAUUAAUUUGA